AUGGCACCAACCGAAUCCGAAAUUUUAAAGCACUACCUCCUCCUGCCAGCGCCGCUCACAUCCAUCCAAACCUUCGAGCAGUUCCGCGCCCUCUUCCCUCGCUCCUGGCAAGCACACCCGCAAGUGCGCCUCCUCUUCCGUGACCUGCAGGCCCAGCGCAACACCGUCAUCAACACCGUCACCGAGAACAUUGACGCCGAGGCACGACGGGGCGUUGCCAUGCGUCGUGAAGUCCUCCGCGUCGCAUUAGAGGAGAGCAAGGACGACGAUGGCGACGCAGAAAUUGAGAUUGAAAGAGCGCUGUUUGGAACCAAGUCGGGUGCCAAACGCGCCAAGUAUACCCUCCACACCGUCAUCCCGGAUUUGCACGGGGCGGCGGCAGCCAUGGAGUCCGAGAUGCAACGACUCGAGGACGAGGAGGCAGACCUUGUGGCUUUCAUACGCCAGACUAUUGACGACCUGAGCGAUUUGCAGUACGGCAAACUGUCCAAUCCCCAGCUGAGGAUGGACGUGUUGGAGGGCCUGGUCUCCUUGCAGCACGCGUGUGCGAGCAAGACGUGA